AUGGUGAUGAAGGCCUUUGUCCUGCUGGUUGUCUUUGCAGAAGCCUCUGCGAGAUCUUGUACUCCGAAUAAAGCAGAUGUCAUUCUUGUGUUUUGUUAUCCCAAAACCAUCAUCACCAAAAUCCCCGAGUGUCCCUAUGGCUGGGAAGUGCAUCAGCUGGCCCUUGGGGGACUGUGUUACAAUGGGGUCCAUGAAGGAGGUUACUAUCAAUUUGUGAUCCCGGAUUUGUCACCUAAAAACAAGUCCUACUGUGGAACCCAGUCUGAGUACAAGCCCCCCAUCUACCACUUCUACAGCCAUAUCAUUUCCAAUGACAGCACAGUGAUCGUAAAGAACCAGCCCGUGAACUACUCCUUCUCCUGCACCUACCAUUCCACCUACUUGGUCACCCAGGCUGCCUUUGACCAAAGAGUGGCCACUGUUCACGUGAAGAACGGGAGCAUGGGCACAUUUGAAAGCCAAUUGUCUCUCAACUUCUACACUAAUGCCAAGUUCUCCACUAAGAAGGAAGCCCCUUUUGUCCUGGAGACAUAUGAAAUCGGUUCAGAUCUGUUUGCAGGAGUAGAAGCCAAAGGGUUGAGUGUUAGGUUUAAAGUGGUUUUGAACAGCUGUUGGGCCACACCAUCAGCUGAUUUCAUGUAUCCCUUGCAGUGGCAGCUAAUUAACAAGGGCUGCCCCACGGAUGAAACCGUCCUCGUAUAUGAGAAUGGGAAAGAUCACAGGGCCACCUUCCAAUUCAAUGCUUUCCGGUUCCAGAACAUCCCCAAACUCUCCAAGGUUUGGUUACACUGUGAGACAUUCAUCUGUGACAGUGAGAAGCUCUCCUGCCCAGUGACCUGCGACAAGAGGAAGCGCCUCCUCCGGGACCAGACAGGGGGCGUCCUGGUGGUGGAGCUCUCGCUCCGUGGCAGGGGAUUCUCCAGUCUCUAUAGCUUCUCAGAUGUCCUCUAUCACCUCAUCGUGAUGCUGGGGAUUUGUGUCGUGUUGUAG